AAAGCACUAGUUGAACUAUCAGAUGAAGUGGAUCAAUUCAAUGAGAUAGCAGCAUCGAUGUUGCAAAACGGCUCAUUAGCGAAAGAAAAUGCUUGGGCACGGCGUAAACGAUAUCCACAUACACCAUAUGCAUAUCCAUUUGAAACCUACAACACUCUUCAACCGAAUAAAUAUUCUCAAAAUGCGCUGUUGAACACAUCGUGCGAUUGCUGCGUCCCAGGGCCACCAGGAGCACCAGGAAGGCCUGGAAAAAACGCGCCACCUCCAUGUCCGAUAUGUCCACCAGGUCCCCCAGGACCUCGUGGACCAGUAGGACCGCCUGGUGAUACCGGACCACAAGGAAUUCCAGGAAUUUCUGGAAAAGUCGGAAGCGAUGGGCUUAUAGGCCCGAAAGGUCAGCUGGGCCCACCAGGACCUCCCGGCAUUGCUGGACCACCAGGUGACCCCGGUCACUCGCCUAUUGCAAAUCCUCCUAUACCAGGCCCUGUUGGACCUCCUGGUGUAAGUUUCUCUUUCACUACAUCUUUUUCGCAUUUACACCAAUAA